GCUUCCAACACUUGGUUAUAUAAGUUGUCAUAGAUCGUAUACAUACACACAGAAUUGAAAUGGGGUUAAAGAGCAGAGUUUUGAUCAUUGGUGGUACCGGAUACUUAGGGAAGAGACUGGUGAAAGCCAGUUUAGAACAAGGCCAUGAGACAUAUGUUCUUCAGCGACCCGAAAUCGGUCUUGAUAUUGAGAAAAUCCAGAUGCUUCUUUCCUUCAAGAAGCAGGGAGCGCGUCUGGUGGUCGGUUCGUUUAAUGAUCACCGCAGUCUCGUAGAAGCUUUGAAGCAAGUAGACGUGGUCAUAUGUGCAAUAUCGGGUGUGCAUUUCCGCACCCAUCAAAUUCUACUUCAACUUAAACUUGUUGAAGCCAUCAAAGAAGCUGGAAACAUUAAGCGGUUUUUGCCAUCAGAGUUUGGUACCGAUCCUGCAAGAAUGGCAGAUGCAAUUGAACCAGGACGAGAAACAUUUGAUGAAAAAAUGGUGGUUCGAAAAGCCAUUGAAGAUGCUAGGAUCCCUUUCACCUACGUAUCCGCUAAUUGCUUUGCUGGCUACUUUGUCGGAGGGCUGUGCCAAUUUGGCACCAUUCUUCCUUCAAGGGAUUCCGUAGUCUUGUUCGGAGACGGCAAUCAGAAAUCAAUAUUUGUGGAUGAAGAUGACAUAGCAGCAUAUACCAUCAAAACCAUAGACGAUCCCCGCACUCUUAACAAGACGCUCUACAUCAGGCCUCCAGCAAACAUUCUUUCACAAAGACAAGUUGUGGAAAUCUGGGAGAAGCUCCUCGGCAAAGUCCUCCAGAAAUCAUCUCUCUCCGAAAAACAGUUUCUCGAUAGCUUAAAAGAGAAAGACUAUGUUGUGCAGGCCGGGAUGAGUCAUUUUUACCAUUUCUUUUACGAAGGCUGUUUGGCGAAUUUUGAAAUCGGAGAUGAUGCUGAAGAGGCUUGUCGUCUCUACCCAGAUAUCAAAUACACUACAGUGGAAGAUUACCUUAAGCAAUACCUAUGAUUCACUUCAAAAGUUGAAUUCUUAUUUAUUUAUGUUUGAUCAAGUGUGUAACAAUGAGAAUUAUGUGUUCCUACUACCGUGGUUAUUUGUGUGUUAAUUACUACUAUAUGAAAUAAAUUGUUACACCCUAGUUUUAUUUGCA